AGUGAAGGUCCCCGUUAACAUACUACACAAGUACACGGGCCAGUUUCCGUCUAUUGUGCGUGACGUCGAUCAAUCAUAUCUGCCGAGAGUUUAUCGGCCGUGCAUCUUUGGGCUGGCGCAGGGUGCUCUACUUUGGUGAGCUAUCUCAGCCUCCUCCAUCCUCAUCCCAGCUUGAGGUGUCUUCCCCGUUUCCCAACUUCAUCUUCAAGCUUCUGGAUCGGCUUCUCCCUCCUCGCCCCCCUCUCAUCCUGCUCCCCCGCUAGUUGCUCGAUCUAUGGCCCAUUAUGGAAGACCCGCGCAAGUCGUCGUCGUACUCGGUCAUCCCGAGAAUUCGCUACAACACCGUCGGUGGCGUCAACGGUCCCCUCGUCAUCCUCGAAAAUGUCAAAUUCCCGCGAUACAACGAGAUCGUGACGCUCACUCUUCCCGAUGGCACUGAGCGAUCAGGUCAGGUCCUGGAAGCUCGAGGCGACCGAGCUGUCGUUCAGGUCUUCGAAGGCACUUCCGGUAUCGAUGUCAAGAAGACUAAGGUCAAGUUCACCGGCCAGAGCCUAAAGCUCGGUGUGUCUGAGGACAUGCUUGGCCGUAUCUUUGAUGGAUCUGGACGAGCUAUCGACAAGGGUCCCAAGGUACUGGCGGAGGACUACCUCGACAUCAAUGGCAGUCCCAUCAAUCCUUACUCUCGUGAAUACCCCGAAGAGAUGAUCUCGACCGGUAUCUCCGCCAUCGACAAGCAGGGUGUUACUAAUAAGGGCGUAUACGACGGUUACGAGGAGAACCUCUCUAUUAUCUUUGGCGCUAUGGGUGUCAACUUCAAGACUGUAUGUUUCUUCACUCGUGAUUUCGAGGAGAAUAGCAGCUUGGAGCGUCUCGAGAAGCAUGUCCUGGUUAUUCUUACCGACCUCUCUGCUUACUGCGAUGCCCUUCGAGAAGUGUCGGCCGCCCGAGAAGAAGUGCCUGGCCGACGCGGUUUCCCUAGUUAUAUGUAUACUGACUUGUCCACUAUCUACAAACGAGCCGGUCGUGUCAAGGGCCGCAACGGAUCUAUCACCCAGAUCCCCAUUCUGACCAUGCCCAAUGACGAUAUUACUUACCCUAUUCCCGAUUUGACUGGCUAUAUUACUGAGGGUCAGUUGUUUGUAGACCGAGCUCUGGACAACUGCGGUAUCUACCCUCCCAUUAACGUGCUGCCUUUGCUGUCUCGUCUGAUGAAGUCUGCUAUUGGUGAGGGCAUGACCCGCAAGGACCACGGUGAUGUGUCGAACCAGCUGUACGCCAAGUACGCUAUCGGUCGUGAUGCCGCGGUCAUGAAGGCUGUCGUCGGUGAGGAGGCUCUGUCGGCUGAGGAUAAGCUGUCUCUGGAGUUCUUGGAGAAAUUUGAGCGCCAGUUCAUUAGCCAGGGCCAGUACGAAUCGCGAACCAUCUACGAGUCUCUUGAUCUCGCGUGGAUCCUCCUCCGAAUCUACCCCAAGGAGUGGCUCAACCGUAUUCCCGCCAAGAUCCUCAACGAGUUCUACCAGCGAGCCGCCAAGGAUGUGAAGGCCAAGGUCGGGGCUCGGGCGGAGACCGAGGCCUAGGGUCAGCAGCAGAACAAGGAAAACCUCAUUGACGUCUGAGGGGCCAAUUUGUUGGCGUUUCGAUAGGGAAUAGUAGAAUGAGCGCGCAAGGCAGAGGUAGGACUCGUAAAGAGAGCAACUUGUUUUCAAUGGAUCGUUUACAUGCUGGAGGACUCGUCUGGACGGAAACUGUAGCGCGCAAGAGUAGGUCUUGGGAGUGAACAUAGGGAGCCGAGUUAAUGC